AUGUCCAACCUUCCGCGCUCCCAGAAUUCUUCGUCUUCCCGCCUCAGCACCGUUCCCUCUCAAAAGCCCCGCCAGAUAUCGCACCUGCAGGCACAGCUCGCGCAAUUGACGGCCAACAUGGCGGAUUUGGAGAGCUUGGUGGGAAUGACCGCCAGACAGGCGCAAGACAUGCGCGGAUUGGGCGGAUAUGCAGGAGCAAUGUUCAUGUCGGCGAGCAAAGUCUUGGGUGAAGAGACGGUGAAGGGAUCCGAUGAAUCUCCUAAGCGUGGGGAUCAGGACAAGUGA